ACCCGCCCGGCUCGGCCAUGAGGUGCGGGGCGUUCUCGCCGCCCACCCUCCUCCUCCCGCUGCUCCUGCUGAGCCUGCCGAAUUUUUUGCCAUCAUUUGGAAAGGAGACACUGCGGACAACAUCAGUUACUCUACAGUCUGAGCUCAAUAUAGCUUAUGAAGAUUUUAUUCAUCUUAACAUAGUAGAAAAGAAAAUUGUUAAUGAUUCCAAAGUUUCAGUUCAGUAUUUAUGUUCUAAGCCCUGCAUUGUCAACUUGGAAGCUGUAGCUUCCUUGGAGUUCAGAACUGGUGUGUCAGUGUAUAGGAAGAGAUGGAAGAAUGAGAAACAACUUCAUAUCAGUAAUACUCGAACACUGCACUUAAAAUUCCCAAGCAUCAUGGUUUACAGAGAUGAUUUCUUCAUCAAACACUCCAUAAUAGUGGACACUGUGAUACUGUAUGCAUGGAUUAGUCACAAACCUAUGGGGAGGUAUGAUACUGUGGGCAAUGAAAGCUACCAGCAGGCAGUUGCCAGGAAUUAUACUUUCCUGGAAACAGUUCCACCUCUUGAACGCCCAUACAAAGAUCACAGAAUAUGUUGGAAGUGGGGCUCUGAAUAUAUAUGGAAACUCCAGGCAAGCUGGGUACCUCAGUGUCCUCAUGAGGAUGAUGCUGUCCAGAUCCUCAAUUUUCUGUAUGCAUCCACUGGAGAGAAAACAGGAAUUGUGAAGAAAUUUGAGAGAUUUAAGAACAAAGAGCUUGAGACAAUCAGACAGCAUCAGAUCGAUUACCCGGUGUUUACUAUUUCAGUCUGGCUUUAUUUGCUCCAUCACUGCAAAAAGAACCUGUGUGGAAUACUUUACUUUGUUGACACAAAUGAAAUGUACAGUACUCCUGCUGUAUUUCUCAGUGAAGAAGGUUACGUUCAUAUUCAGAUGCAGCUUGUUGGAGGAGAAGACAUUGCAGUGGUAACUAGUUUCAGCCUUCCUCUCAAACAGUGGUUUCGUCUAGAUCUCUCUUUUGAGGGUGGACAGAUAGAAAUAAACAGCGUCGAGAAGAAUUUGAAAAGACAGCAGCAUCAGUCUUUUAAUUUUAGGGAAGAUUUCUAUUUUGAUGAUACAGCUGGAUACUUGGUUCUUGGAGGCAGUGUGUAUGCACCUGGCAUUGAAGGAUUCUUUGGACCUGUGAAAUAUUAUCGUCUUAGUGUUCUGGAAACAGAGCAGAUUUCUAACCCUAUUUAUGACACAGAAAUUAUGGAACAAAUUGAACUCUACUAUGAGAGCUGUGCAGACUUUCAAGAAAUAGUAUCUUGGUAUGGACACAUUGUACAGCAAGGUCAAACAGUGCAUAAAGACUGUAAACAAGAACACUAUUAUUCAUACCUGAACCACAAAUAUGGAGAGAAGCCCAAGUGCAAUGCCUUUAUGUGGAGGAAGGCUCUAAGAGAGAAAUAUCACAGCUUGUUCAAGCUGCUGCGAGAGAUGGAUUUCAGUUCAUCAAGUGAAACUGGCCAGAAGAUAUUUGAGAAGGUUGCCAAAGAUCUCUCCAGAGCUGAUGGUCUAAGCUCCAUGAACAACUCAGUCCCUUUUUUGAUGGAUUCCAGCUGCUGUGGAUACCACAGAGCUUCUUAUUUCCUUGCAGUGAUUUUUGAAAUGGGACUCGGUGUGCCUGUGGAUCCUAUAAAGGGGCUGCUGUAUAGUUUGGUUGGUGCUCAAGGGAAUGAGAGACUUGCAGGGUUGAAUCUUGGAUAUAAACAUUACCAAGGCAUUAAUAACUAUCCACUGGACUUUGAGCUAUCAUAUGCCUACUACAGCAAUAUUGCGCUAAAGACUUCUCUUGAUCAACACACUAUAAAAGAAGAUCAGGCACUUGUAGAAACUGUUAGGCUAACGGAUGAUGAACUACUAAAAUCUCAAACCAAAGAAACUGGUGAUAUCUUCAUGUGGUUAAAAUAUGAAGCAGUAAGAGGAAAUGCAGUGGCACAGCAAAGAGUGGCACAGAUGCUUUUCUGGGGCCAGCAAGGAGUGGCAAAAAAUCCCAAAGCAGCAAUAGAGUGGUAUCGAAAAGGUGCACUGGAAACUGAGGACCCAGUAUUAAUAUAUGAUUAUGCCAUUGUGUUAUUCAAGGGCCAAGGUGUGAAAAAGAACACAAAACUUGCUUUAGAACUGAUGAAAAAAGCAGCAGCCAAGGGAUUACCUCAGGCAGUAAAUGGUUUGGGAUGGUAUUACCAUAAUUUCAAACAAAACUAUGUAAAAGCAGCCCAAUACUGGCUAGAAGCUGAAAAAAUGGGCAUUCCAGACGCAUCCUAUAACCUUGGUGUUCUACAUUUAGCUGGGCUUUACCCUGGAGUUCCUGGCAAAAAUGAAACACGAGCUGCUCAGUACUUCUAUAAAGCGGCCCACGGUGGACAUAUAGAAGGGACCUUACGAUGCUCUCUGUAUUACAUCACAGGAAAUAUGGAAGACUUUCCUAGAGAUCCUGAAAGAGCUGUAAUCUGGGCAAAACAUAUUGCAGAAAAGAAUGGCUACUUAGGUCAUGUAAUCAGAAAAGCUCUCAAUGCCUAUCUGGAUCUGUCGUGGCAUGAAGCUCUGUUAUAUUAUGUUUUAGCAGCCGAGUCUGGUUUUGAAGUGUCGCAGACAAAUUUAGCACAUAUCUGUGAAGAGAGACCAGAACUAGCAAGAAAAUACUUAGCGACUGAUUGUGUUUGGAGAUACUAUAAUUUCUCUGUUUUUCAGGUCAAUGCUCCCUCAUUUGCUUAUUUGAAGAUGGGAGAUUUCUAUUACUAUGGAUACCAGAACCAGUCCAAAGAUCUUGAGAUGUCAGUGCGGAUGUAUGCACAAGCUGCGCUAGAGGGAGAUUCACAGGGAUUCUUUAAUUUGGCCCUCCUCAUGGAAGAGGGCAAAUCCAUACCACCUCACAUUCUAGAUCACUUAGAAAUUGACAGGACUCUUCGUUCAAAUAACAUUUCCAUUCUUCAGCAGCUUUAUCAAAGGUGCUGGAAUCAUAGCAACCAGAAUUCCGUUAGUCCAUGUUCAUUAGCAUUGCUUUAUUUUCAGUUAAGAGUUUUCUGGAAUAACAUCUUGCCUUCUACUCAGAUCUACUUCAUGGGAACCUUUCUUGUCUCAAUACUGAUCGCAUUUGCAGUACAGUAUUUUCAGUCUCAUUCUGCCAGCGAUUCUCAUGCACAAAGGCAAGAACAGUCUUCAGAUGAACUUUCUUCCACAGAAAAUGCCGAUGAUACAACAUCAACAGAGCAAGAAGAAUCUACUCUCACAAACAAUUUAGCAGAGCAAGAGUUAAACCCUCCACAUCCUGUUUUGAUCAGCUAAGGUGUAAUUCUUAAGGUGUUAAAAUCCUAAAACAAACAUUACAAAGUUAUGGACAUGAUGAGUGUUUACAAAGCUAGAAAUUCAAAACUGUAUUGAAUGGUUUUAAUGAUACACUUCAUGGACUAACACCUCCUUUACUUACUUUGAGACAAAUCAGCUGAUCUUAUUUAUCUCUCAUUAAAAAAUGUGAGAAUUUUAAGAAAUCCAAACAAAGAAUAUAUCCUGAAAAAUUCCUUACACUGUGUAAGUAAAUAUAUUGUAUGGUCUUAUUUUCAGCUAGAACA